AUGAAGAAAACGGGUAAUAUAGUGCAUGAUCUUUUAAACUGUACAAUCGGGAAAGAGACAAAAGUAGAGCUCAAGAAAUUUUCGCUUCAGUUGCUACAUCGCAAAAUACAAUUUACAGCUAACGGAUAUUUUACGCUCGAUAAUACUUUUCUUCAUUCGCUAAUUGGCACAGUGGUGACAUAUUUGGUAAUACUUGUGCAAUUUCAAAUGGGAAGUUCGCGUUCAUCGAUCAGACAACAAUGUAACUAUACAGGGAGAGAUUUAAAAUAAGAAGCGGAAUAUUAAA